UCCGAAUCAGGUUUGCACAUUUGUCUCGCCAGCGGUUGCGACAGCAAGCCCUUCAAGCGUAAAGCGGACCUGCAGCGGCACUACCGGCACAGGCACUGCCAAGACUCGCAUAAGAAGGCGUACUACUGCGACUAUCCCAAGUGCCAACGUCGGUCUGAGCCCUUCCACCGGCUCGAUCACUGUCGUGACCAUUACCGCGAAUUUCAUUCUGAGGAUCUGGUCCGCAAGAACGGGAAGGAGGGUUCGGACUGGUUCGCGAACCGGUACUUCUCGCGUAGAUGGUGGAGGUGCACCAAGUGCCUCCAGAGGAAUAUGACCAGCGAUGGAUGGACUUGUGGCACACCGGGGUGUCAGAGUCAUUGUGAUACGAGGAGGAGGGAGCUUAGGGGGUAUAAGUGA